UGGGUGACGCAGGGGAGAAAAACCACCGGGGAAAGCUCGUUUGGAAGGACAGUGGACAGAUGCAGGCGGGUCACGCCGGCCAGCUUUCCACCGCCGCGCAAACUUGAGUUACUUUUGCGCGCGCGGACAGGCACAGCGCCGGAGCGAUCCGAGCUAGCGGUUGGCAGGGGCGUGGUGGAGGUAGCUGACCCGUGUGUCCCGUCUUCCUGACUGACCUCCAGACCCCGAACGCUGCGGAGCGGCCACCCAACGCCCACAGGAGCCGGCAGCAGCAUGCAGCCGCUGCCCAGCAUGUGCGGACACGCCCUGGUGGCCCUGAUCCUGGCCAGCGGCGUGGCGGGAGUCCAGGGACAAGAGAAGGGAUUCCCACCGACCGGGGCCACUCCGCCACUUCUGGGGGCCCGAGAGAUAAUGACGCCCCCUACGAAGACCUCCAGGACAACAGGGUCCAACGCCAGCUGGCCGUGGUCGUCCACACCUCCGCAGACGCCUAAAGCAGGGAAGCCGGCCGGAGCCCCGCCCCCGUGCGAAGGAUUCAUUGAAAUCAAAGAGACUUUCAAGUACAUCAACACGGUGGUGUCCUGCCUAGUGUUCGUGCUGGGCAUCAUCGGAAACUCCACGCUGCUGAGAAUCAUUUACAAGAACAAGUGCAUGCGAAAUGGCCCUAAUAUCUUGAUAGCCAGCCUGGCUCUGGGAGACCUGCUGCACAUCAUCAUUGACAUCCCCAUCAAUGUCUACAAGCUACUCGCAAGCGGCUGGCCCUUCGGAGUUGAGAUGUGCAAGCUGGUGCCUUUCAUACAGAAGGCCUCUGUGGGGAUCACUGUGCUGAGUCUGUGUGCUCUGAGCAUUGACAGGUAUCGAGCCGUUGCAUCUUGGAGUCGAAUUAAAGGAAUUGGGGUUCCAAAAUGGACAGCAGUAGAAAUUGUUUUGAUUUGGGUGGUCUCUGUAGUUCUGGCUAUCCCUGAAGCUGUGGGUUUUGAUAUGAUUCCCACUGACUACAAAGGAAGACCUCUGCAAGUCUGCAUGCUUCAUCCCAUUCAGAAAACAGCCUUCAUGCAGUUUUACCAGAAAGCUAAAGAUUGGUGGCUAUUUAGUUUCUAUUUCUGCUUGCCAUUGGCCAUCACUGCACUUUUUUAUACCCUGAUGACCUGUGAAAUGUUGAGAAAGAAGAGUGGCAUGCAAAUUGCUUUGAACGAUCACUUAAAGCAGAGACGGGAAGUGGCCAAAACAGUAUUCUGCCUGGUCCUUGUCUUUGCCCUGUGUUGGCUUCCCCUUCACCUCAGCAGGAUUUUGAAGCUCACUCUCUAUGAUCCGAGUGAUCCCAAUAGAUGUGAACUUUUAAGCUUUUUCUUGGUAUUGGACUACAUCGGCAUCAACACGGCCUCCCUGAAUUCCUGCAUUAAUCCAAUAGCUCUGUAUUUGGUGAGCAAAAGAUUCAAAAACUGCUUUAAGUCAUGCUUAUGCUGCUGGUGCCAGUCAUUUGAAGAAAAACAGUCUCUGGAGGAAAAGCAGUCGUGCUUAAAGUCCAAAGCUAAUGAUCAAGGAUAUGACAACUUCCGUUCCAGUAAUAAAUACAGCUCAUCUUGAAAGAAGGAAUCAUCAUUUAAUUACACGUUCCUCAUUUUGGACAGAAGUGAUUAAGAUAAUGAGGCAUUUGCCAAAUCAAAACAAACUGUGUGUUUGCACAAAACAAUGGAAAAAUUUAAGAGUGAUUAUCUUCUUAACACUCACAGUUACACAUGACAUUGUAUAAGCUGUUUACAGUCUAAAAAGAAAAGCAGUGAGAAUUAAGAAAGCUUCAUUGUGAAAGCUCUUAAUUUUUUACAGUCAGCACUUCAAUGUAGCUCUUAAUAACUUCUAGUAUAUUCAUACAUCACUUACAUUUAAAUUGAGCUCACUCAGAAUUUCUAUUAGAGAGAUUUAUUUUUAAAUUAAUGUGAAUCUGAUUUAAAGAAAAAAUGUGUCACUGUAAAACAGAAUCUUUAAAUGAAGUUUAAAUCAAUUAAUUAAAAAUUUUAAUAAUUCUAUUUAAAAAACUCUUUUAUUAAUAGUGUCACACCAUUGGUUGGACUAUUAUUAGAUGCAAAAUGUAUAAGCAGUUUAGCUGGUGUAUGAUGUUUUUUUGACAUUGGAAACAUUUAAAUGAUCAGAAGGAAGUAUCAGAGAGAUACAAGUUUUUGAAAGUCAUUUAACUUUUUAUAUUCAGGUGAGAUCAAAUGUCACAAACAGAAAGAGAAAGUCGAGAAUACUGUCUCAAAAGGCUACUUUAAAAUCUCUCAUUUAAGAACUCUGCAAAGAAAAUGCUACCUACAAUUUGUUCAGGAUUCUCAAAACAUUCUUCUUUUAAUAUUACUAUUGUAGUUUAAACACUAGUUGUUUAGUUUUCUCAUCAGUAAAUACUUUGCUACAAUACACAAUGUGUAGAUGAUUAAACUAAGGGCAGGUCCCAGGUUCCUAUCCUUACAAUGGAGGGAUGCUAGUAACCGCACGAUGGACAGAAUGUGACUUGCCUGGAGCAGUGUUCACAUGGCAAAGGAGAAGGCAGCACCCUCUCUCACUCCUGCUGUAGAUAAAAUGGUUUCUGGCAUAUGCAUAAAAGUUAGAAUAAUAUUUUUUAAGAUCACACAAAUUAGGCAAUUUAACAGCUUAUUACUAAUUUUUAUAUUAUCUUUGUAACUAAUAGAAAAAAGUUCUUGACGUGGUGCUUUUCUGUCACAGGCAAAACUGUCUUUUUGAGACAAUAAGAACGUCCUACUUUGUGCAUUCUUGCUUAAUUCUUUCAUCUCUGUAGCAAAAUGCCUUAUGUUAACUUGGGAUGAGAUGUGUGUGAAAGCACAAGAGAAAACGAAAGAGAGAGGAAAUGAGGUGGGGUGGGAAGUAACCCAUGGGGACAGAGUCCCAUUCUUAGCCUCACUUUCGUCACUGCCCGGUCACAUAGAUGCAAAAGGUCCUGAUUCAGUUCCAGCAAAACACAGUGCAAUGUUCUCAGAGUGACUUGAGGAACAAAUUGGUCCCAAGAGCUUUAACUCACUCUUAAAAUAUAACAGAGUUUCCACUUUAUUUUCUUUUGGUAAUCCAGGGCCACAUGUUGGAAAUAAACUGGCCACGUUGCUUUCUGCCAGCAUCUAAUUGAUGAUACAGCCAGCCCAAUCCCAACGAUAUGGCUCCAAAGAAAGGACAAUAAUUAAUUCACAUGCCACCUGAAUUCUACUUACAAAUCCCUCAGUCUUUUUUUUAUUAAUUUCUUCCCAAUCAUUGCCUGUUAUCACAAAAGACAUUUCAAACUUUGGAUUUUAAGCAAAAUAAAAAAAAAUAGACUAAUAUUUUCACAGUUUGUUAAUAAAUUUUUAUUUAAGUUUUAGCUAAUUUUUAUUAUCAUAUACUGAGUUUUGGUUUUUCUCCUCAUUUACAUCCUUAAUAGUCUUUCUUCAUGUCAGAAUUGUGGUCUGUAAGCAUUUUGCCAGAUCUUAAAAUUGCACACAGAAUAUAUAAAGACACUAUUUUUCAUGAAAUUGUGUUCAGCAGCUUUUCUAAAAAUGUUUGGUGAACAGAUUUCUUGGCAUAAUUAAGAUCAAGAUAGAAAAAGUUACCACUAUUUAACCUUAAGACAUAUUUCCUAGUAUUAAUUGUACAAUAUAGCAACAGACAAAAUGUUAACAUGGGCAUUAAAAUGUAAAAUAUUUAUAAGCAAUUUUAGCCUAUUUUCUCCUUUAUGCAUUGCUAAUAGGGGUGCAUGUUCAAACACCUUUGAGUAUUGACAGCUUAUAUAUGGCCAAAGGGCUAUAGUUUGUAGCAAAGCAUGUAUAUGCUGUGACUAACUUUAGAAAAUUGUAAUGAUCAUGUAAAAUAAUUAUAUAUUUGUUUUUUCUGUAGUCACUUAAAGUGGCAACUAUUAUAACCAUGGACUCUUUAUUAUGAAAACAAAAUUAAUAAAAAUUUUAAUUGUUUUUAAAAAAUA